UCCAUCCAGUAAUGACGCUAAUUCGAUGAAGGGCCAUUGUAAGGCUGCAGGAGCUGCAUUUAUAACUGAGGCGUAUCAGCUUUCCAACGAGCGAGGCGAGUGCUGCACGCAGUAAUCGAAGAUGAAUUUUGCAGCAGUGAUUCUAGCAACGUCGAUGAUAACCCGCCUGACCACUCUAGGAGAUGCAACGAAAAAAUCCAAAGUGUGCGCAACGAAAAACUGGCCAGCAUGUGCGCUGGAGCCGUCCAGGAUCCCGACCAACAACUUUAGCGUCCUGGUCACGAGAGUGUGGCCGAGUGAAGAGGACGGAAUCAUAUCCGUAUCAUUAAACCUUCAUAGAAACGAAUGUCCAAGGCCAGACAUGCAGAAUUUGAUGUGGUACAGACUGGAAGCCUUCCUUGGAGGCAUCAACAUGAGUAUCGGUAGAUUUAUUGAGCCCAUCGAGAGUCGAAGAUUAGAGACCUAUGCCUGUCAAGAUGAUUCAAAACUGGUAUUUGAAACAUGUGAGCCUCACCCUCUUGACUUACCGCGGCAAUACACCUGGACUACACCAAGACUCAACAUUACCACGGAUGAUAUCGUCUGUUUCAGACUGACGGUACUGGAGCCUGACAACAGGACGUGCAGGUUCUCAGAGCACUGUGUCCCACUACUGACCACAUUCGAGACGGUGGGCUCUGGCGAUACAGAGGAGUCUGACAUACCAAGUCGUCUACAGGGGUCGGGCGCUUUUGGGGAGUCUGUCAACCUCACUAAAACGUGCCAUCAACGCUGGGACUGCACCGGUGCUAGGAUGAGGUUGUUUUGUGGUAGUGAUGGCAACACGUACACAAGUCGCUGCCAUAUACGUCUCACAGAGUGCCUGACAGACACUGACAUCAGCAUUGAUCAUGCAGGACAAUGUGUUGAUCAGUACAGUCCAGCCUGCCACACUCAAAGAGAUAUCUUGAAGGCAGCAUUUGCAGGGCUCCCAGAGCACUCCUACUGGCUACCUACAUGUGACUGUGACGGGCUAUUCAAGGCAAAACAGUGUGAUAGAGACAGAUCGAACCCUGGUCACCUCGAGUGCUGGUGCUCCUACAGCAACUCAAUAUCAGAAGUGGCACAUACCAGACGAAGAAUAGUAGAUGUGUGCACAGAUCCCUCCAAAUUUGAAUUCAGUUGCUCUACCCUAUAGCCCUAUAUUGUUUAGAAGCAAAGAUCACAAGGAAAUCAGAAGUCUAUUCAUUAAUCUCCUCAUACACAUUAAUUCUGUCUUAUCCUCUCCAACAAAAGUCAAAUGAGUAUUAAACACUGC